CUAUGUCUCUCUGCAGGUCGCCGUCUGAUCAGUACUGCACUUCAGGGGGAGAGAACCUAUAGCGCGUUAAAAUUAGCUAGACUGAUCUCGCAGCAGCGGUUAAUUUCUCGAGAUAACAUGAAUGUAACUGUAGGGAAUGUAUUGAUUGAGGAAGAAGCUGGGCCGGCUGAAUAAUAUUUAAUCUGACUGAACAGAUCCAUCUGAUCCUCAGGCUGGCGCCAUGUCUCUGAGGAUGUUACCGUUACUCGUUAUAAACCUGGGCGGUGAAAUGCUUUAUAUCUUGGACCAACGGCUCCGAGCCCAGAACGAAACAGACGAUAAAACACAGAGAGGUUUUUGGUCAGAAGAAGACAGAAAAAGAGUGCUGAAUGAUAUAGUGCGCACCAUGUUCAGUAAGGCUUUUAUAGAGGAGCUGAUGAAGCCGCAGGAUGUCUACUCAAUUAGAGCCUUGCGCUGUGUGCUGACACGGCUAGCGCACACCUCCAUCAUGAGGCUCAACCCUGCCAGCAUGGACAGGCUGUAUGACCUGAUGACGAUGGCGUUUAAGCACCAGAUCCUGCUGUGUCCACGGCCGCGAGAUCUCCUGCUCAUCUCCUUUAAUCACAUCGACGCGAUCAGGGAAAUGGUCACAGACAGCCCCUGCCUCGUUAACCAGAUAAAUGAUGCACAGCGUCAAAUCAUAGAGAUGUAUACACCUCUAUCAGAUGGUGAGCUUCAGCUCAUAAGGCAAACCCUACUUGCUCUCUUUCAAGACAUGCACAUCAGGGUGUCGAUCUUCCUGAAAGAGAAAAUUCAGAACCCAGACGGCCGUUUUGUUUUGUCUACUUCAGGUCCUGUUCCGCACGGCUCUGAGGUCCCAGGCUUAAUCAGGUGGUUUAACAGCAGAGGCAGGGAAAUAAGAAGGCGAGAGUUUCCGAGUGGAGGCUGUUACACCAGCGCUGUGCGAGAAGGUUCAUUUGACAUUUCUGGAGACCGAGUUACACGUCUGGGCACAAACAAGUACAGUGCCACCUCAGCUGAAGACACCCGCACCUCAGACACCUCCAAAAACACUUCUAAAGCCAAACAGGAGAGUGUGGGUCCCAACCCUUUGGCUAAGGAGGAGCUGAAUCUGCUGGCUAAGCUGAUGGGAGGGAUGGAGGUGUGGAGUCUCGCACAUGCAGACACAGGAAUCAGAGUGAACCUGUUCCCCACAGACGAGGACGAGGGGGGAAUCUCAGAGGGGGCGGACGAACCAUCAUUCGGUGUCAUAAAUAUUCAGGCAACAAAGGAUCAUCAGGCCGACACUGAGCUGACUCGCAUCGCAGCCGAGUUCGCCGAGCAGCAGGACCAGCCUGAAGGACCCAGCAACAAAGGCGAUGACCUGCUGGCCAUGAUGGACGAACUCUAAAGCAAAAUCACACACAUUUAUACAUGUAGGCUUUGUGGACAGAUUUUGGUUUGGGAAUUUUUUAAGUAUUUGAGGAAGAUUAACAGUAUUUUAUACAGGCAUCCUGCACAUCUGUGCCACAAGUGAAAACAUAAACUGUGUUUUGAACGAUUUUGUGAACAAUUCAGGCAAACUUACUCCAUAGAAGGGGGUUAAGUGAGUCAGGGGUUAGUUUUAACAGUGGAUAGAAAAGUCUGUAAGUGUUUUAGUACUGCUGUGUUGUUUGACCAAAUGCAUAAAUAUCUGAAUCAAAGUGAAUGAGAUCAGUUAAAAAAUGUUUUGAACUUUGGCUAAUUUAUUUUUCGCCACAAAAAAGCACAUUUCAGAAUGAUAACGUUUAAAUAUGUUAGAUUUCAGCUGCAUUUUUAGUAGGUUUUUGAUGAAGCAGUGAAUAAAAACUUCGAAAAUUCAUUUGUUGUGGAUUUAUAUGGGAGUUAUGCGCUUCUCUCACAACGUUCUUAUUGGUUAUCGUGUAACAGUGAUGUCUCAGACAUCAGGCAGUGAAUUCAUAACCAUUUCAGGUGAUAACUUGCUGAGAGGGAGCUUUUAGAGGUGGACGUCUGGUUCCUAUCACCACCACUGUGAACAACUCUGACUCUGUAAGUUUCUCUAGAACAGAGCAUUUCACACCAAACCACUCUGAAUGACUCUGUUUACAUCUUAAACAUUUAAUUAUGCACCAGUUUUUAAAAAUCAAUGAAGUUCCUCUCUACGCCUCUGUGAUAUUACCGUCUUUGA